UACUACUUAUGAUCUGUAUGGUCAUUAGCUCAGGCUUGGCCAGUGAGGUUUGGCGAGGAAGUGUAUUUGAUUCUUUUAUUGAAAAUCCGGUAUCAGAUUUUUUUGAGAUCGCUCAUAAAAUGCAGAGAAAUCAUAAUAUUACGAUAGUUAUUUUAGGCACAGCCAGAAUGAUCAAUUUGGACCCAUUAAAUUUUAAUUUUCCGGUGGAGUUGAUAUUGAAGACAAUGUCAGAAAUACGAUUGUUCUGAUCUUAGAUAUUUAAUGGUGCUUUCAAUGAUGGAAUUCAGGUACUUUGCAAGAACAUUGAUAACCGAGAUGAAGUAUGGGUUUCAUGAGCUUGAAUUAAGAUAUGUGAAAACCUUGUACAGAAACAUCGGAAAUAUCAUUAAAAUUAAAGGCCUAGAAGCCUUUGAUAAUAAAUCCAAGUGUAUCAGGACACGGAUAGCUCAAUAUUUCAUGUUCCCCUAUGUGGGCAAUGACACUUCACACUGCACAGAGUUCGAUGAUAUCAUUACAAAUUAUUCAGGAGAACAGAAUGAUUCUGGACUUAACUUGCAAGAGAUAGCUUUGAGGGUCAGCAUACUCAUUGUGAUUUCUGUAUAAAUUAUUACAGUCAUGCAACUAGUAUCAAAGGAAUGGAGGAUUUAUAAAUACCAAUGAAAAUUGAUGCAAGAAAGAUCUUCCAGGCCAAAUCAUGAGAAUAAAAAUUACCAAAGAACUCUCAACGAAAUAAGUCUCAAUUCUAUCACAAACACUCAGUCACCCAACCCGCAACCCCCCCUUACCGACCUCUCCCAAGCCACAAGCUACAACCUAAACUCAAUCCUAUCAAUCCACCUCCCCCACCCCCACCACAACAGAGCCCCUCAAAAUCCCCUAUCAAACCUCACCCACCUCCUCUCACCUUCCUCCAUUUCCUCCUAAUCCUCCUUCACAAAACCCUAAAAAGCACUCACAAUUUUUAUUU